GAAAAGUCGUUGCUAUUGUGUGUGUCUGAUUCCAAAUCAUCCUCAGUACAAGUAAAUGCAGUGUCACUCAUUGUAUUGGAAACAUCAAUUGCUUGAUGGCAGUUGGGGUUAGGUACUUGAUGCAUUAGAGGAAUAUACAGCCGAUAAUUAUGGUUGGCGGCAAUUGAACAGCCCUUGUCAGUAUUCAAGCAUGAAGCAGCAAGGUUGGUGAUGGAUAGUAAAACAACUAGAUAUUGGUGCUCACAGUCUGAAACAGACAGUAUAAGCAAUGUCGAAUCACUGGUUUAUAGUGAUACUCUUGUUCAUGUCCACUCACUACCAUUGUUACAAGUCACUUGUAUCAUACUGUCAAUCUAUUGGUCCAUUAAUUCAAAUUAUUUAAUCCCACAAUUGUUAACGCAUAACUAUGUCCCUAUUCCACUGUUGCUGAAAAUUUCCUUUAAAUAGACCUGUUUGUCGCUAUUUUUUCAACUCAUACUUACCUGGCGCUCCGGUUGUGCGAUCAACAAGGCGUGAUCGGGUUGUCGGACCUCUUCCAUUGCACAAACGUGGGAGGGACGGCGAUCACAACGCCUUCGGGUGUUCGUGGGUGCAUCAUUUUUGAGGAGGGAGAAUCCUGCGUUCGCGCGGUGUUUCUCCCGUAAUCUAAUCAUUAAUAUAAGAAGAAACCUGUGACGACUAGAAUAAAGCUGUUUUGUAACU